CCUGCUGUGGGAACAUGCUGAUGCUGUUCUACGUAUACUCGUUCACAUUUUCCCCAUUUCUAAGAUUCAGUCGUGGUGUACUUUCUUAUGCCAUUUAAUGUUAAUUAUUUCAGUCAAGUUGUGCCAACUCUUUCACAUUGAGUUUACUAUUUUCAGUUGCACUUUAGGUGUGCAAGCUGGUGAGCCCAUGACAUUAAUAAUUAUGUUCAGAUCUACAACUAAGUUUGAGACAGUAAAAGAAGGCCACAUUGCUCACCCAUUUAACCUUGACCCUGUCAUUGUUCAGGAGUAGUUAUUUCUAUCAAUCUGUAUCACCAUGAAUAGGGCAUGUGGUGUUACAUACAUGAAAUUGUAUUAAAGGCCCACUAUGACUCAAAAUCAUGUUUUAUUUUUAUUUGUUUUACAAUGGAAAAAGAUAGAGCUAUGGAAAACUAAACUCUACUGAAUAUUUUAGACAUUCAAUGCGACCCCUACCACAGUGUAAAGGCCGUUUAAAGAUCAUCCGGAAAUAAAAUUGUUUUACGAAUCGCUUCGCUUUUUACCAUAUCUGUUUGUAUCACGUGAUAGAGAGUGGCAGGUACUUGUGCUAGGAAACAUUGUCAGAUAAAGAAGAAACGCUAAUUACUGCAGUCAAGAAAAAUGGAAUCCGAGGUCUCAGAAAGCGAAUCGGAUACCGGUAGUAGUUCACCGCCGCAACCAGUUGCGCCAAGGGGACGUGGUAGGCCACGGAAACUUCGUGGAGGUAGAGGACGGCCCAGAAUGCAAAGAGAGCCAGACGUUGCACUCGGGGCUCAUCCCCGAGCACCAACCAAGCGGGGACGAAGGAGGGUCCAGCCACCAGUAGAGAUGGCAGCAACAGCCUUAGCAGAGAGGAGAGAUAUUGAGAGUAAAGUAGAUGCACUAUCACCUGAUGAGAUGAGGGACACCCUUAAAAGAGUUGUGAGGGAAAACCCAGAGUACUUGUUCAGUAUUUUGGAGCCUGAACAAAGAUUUCAACCUUCUGGGGGUGGAACAGUACAACCAUCAUGGUGCAUCUGCUCUCAUUGUAGAGACAUGCCAACUCCUAGGGAGAAAGUCUGCUGCCAAAGAAAUCCUGAUAACUGUAUUUCUAGAUUGCCGGAUUUCGGGGUGCUCAUUUUAGACGAGGCAGUUCUUGCAUUGGCAAGACUCUACCGCCAAGAUAUUUUGGCAAUGCCAGAAGAUGCAGAUAGAAACAGAGCCAAUCGCCACACGGGAUAUCGCCAAUUUGUACUUUGGCAUCAUGGGAAAUUGGGAGCUGGAGAUAGACGUGUAAUUCCUAGCUGUUGUGUGUGGCGUAUCAGAGACAAAUUUCCUGACCCUCAUGGACAUUACAUUGGUUUCAAAGAUAACAGAUUGCAAUAAAAU